GUGCUUACGUGUAGCUGCGACGCUGGUCUCGCGAGAUGAGACUAGUGGCGUCGGGAUUUUCUGCAAGACAGGAGCAGGAAGCUUGCAGUUAAGGUGUGUGUAGCGAUCGGGGACUGCGGAUUGUUAGGAAAAGUGGAACGCUUGGGCGCUGGGUAUUUACUUGGAUUAGAGGUUAAAGUUAACUCUCUCCCUCACUAUAUCCAAUACGUCUCUACCGGGACGGGAAACUGUGACAAAACUAGCAGCCCAGGAAGCUUGUUAGGGGAAAGUAGAUGCAGCCACCUUAGUAAUUACCUUCCCUCCCGAAGUCUGCAACUCGCUGAAAGUAGGGGGGGAAUCCGAGUAAGUGCAGCACAUUCCCCUCGUAAACACCAACCCCACAGGGACAACUGUCCCCCCCUCUCCCCACUUAUGGCGGCUCUGAGUACAGGAGGGUGAAAUGGAUGGAAAUAUUGUGGCGCCUCCAUCACUUGAAGAAAAGGACACUGUGGAGAAAAUGCCGCAAAACAAUGUGGGAGAUGAGCUGAAAGAAGGCUUACCUGUAGAAGUUGAAGCUGCUGUCAUGAAGAACAGGGAAAACACCGGGGAUAUGACUUUCCCAGAAUUGCCUCCUUGUGACCAAGAUCCAAAAUCUCUUCCCCUGAGGACUCCUACUACUGAAUCGGACGGUGAGGAGGGGGUAGAGGUCAGAGAAGCAACAGAGGCAAUGGACCAGAGCAAAACGAAUGAGGAUAAGGAAAUUGUGGCACAAGAGGAAAAUGGGAGGAUUAAACAUGGACCUAAGAGGGUAACAUUCCCUUGUGAUGAUGAUAUAGUGUCUGGUGCCCUUGAACCCAAAGACCCAUGGAGGCACGCUCAGAAUGUUACAGUGGACGAUGUGAUCACAUCCUAUUCCCAGGCCUGCCAGAAGCUCAACUGCAAGCAAAUUCCUAAACUUACUCGGCAGCUACAGGACUUGACUGAUCUCUCAGGGAGAGUUGAAACAAUGGACCUCAAAGGAGAGCGUCUGGACCACAAGGCAUGCGAGGCUCUAGAAGAGAUUUUUAAAAGAGUGCAGUUUAAGAUGGUGGACCUUGAGCAGACCAACUUGGAUGAGGAUGGUGCUUCUGCUCUGUUUGACAUGAUUGAGUAUUAUGAGUCAGCAACUCACCUCAACAUUUCCUUCAACAAGCACAUUGGUACUAGAGGUUGGCAGGCUGCAGCACAUAUGAUGCGUAAGACCAACUGUCUGCAGUAUCUGGAUGCACGCAAUACACCAUUGUUGGACCACUCUGCACCAUUUGUGGCCCGUGCACUCCGCAUUAGCAGCAGCUUAACGGUACUACAUCUUGAAAACACCAGCCUGUCUGGGAGACCCUUAAUGUUACUGGCUACAGCUCUAAAGAUGAACAUAGUGUUGCGGGAAUUAUACCUUGCUGAUAACCGUCUCAACAGCCUACAAGAUUCUGCUCAGUUGGGGAAUUUACUAAAAUUUAACAACUGCAUCCAGAUUUUGGACCUGCGAAACAAUCAUAUUAUGGAUUCAGGACUGUCAUACGUCUGUGAAGGAAUAAAGGAACAGCGACAGGGACUGGUCACCCUGGUCCUUUGGAACAAUCAGUUGACUCAUGCUGGCAUGGUUUACAUGAGUCUGUGUCUGCCUAAUACUCAGACUUUAGAAACACUAAACCUGGGCCAUAAUGCAAUUGGUAACGAAGGUGUCCGGCAUCUUAAAAAUGGUCUGAUUGGUAAUCGCACCGUACUUCGACUUGGCUUGGCGUCUGCUAAACUCACCUGUGAAGGUGCAGUAGCUGUUGCAGAGUUUGUUGCUGAGUCUCCCCGUCUCCUUCGCCUUGAUCUACGGGAAAAUGAAAUCAAGACAGGGGGUUUAAUGGCACUGUCACUUGCCCUUCGUGUUAAUCAGUCGUUGCUGAGGCUGGACCUUGACAGAGAGCCAAAAAAAGAGACCGUUAAAAGCUUCAUUGACACUCAACGAGCCCUCUUGGCUGAAAUUCAGAAUGGGUGUCGGCGAAACUUCGUUUUGGCAAAAGAGAAGGAAGAACAGCUCCAACAAUCUGCUUCCAUGACAGAAAUUGCUAGCCCAGCACUUGAAGACUCUAGCACGGACCCUGAGGAGUCGAAUAACUCUGUUGAGGAUUCCAGUGAGGCCUCCAAUCAGUACACAAACGCUACUCCAGUGGAUUCAGAAGAUGGAGAAAUCACUACUACAAAGGAGGUAGAAGGUGAAUCUGACUCUGACACAGAGGAAGAAGAUAAGGAGGCAGCAGUAGAGCCCAAACCAAAGGAGAACCCUGGGCAGGUGACUGUAUCUAGCCCUGGAAGAGGCCAGAAAGUUUUUUUGGUAACCAGAGUAGACAACCCAAACUGUGCAGAGGAGGAUAAGAAAUUACCAGAGCUGACAAAGCCUCUUGAUGAAGAGGUGGUGUCCCCAGGAAGCAAUGCUCUUGCUAAUGGACUAGAGCAGGAAUCAGGCAAUAUAACACCACGUUGUGAUAAAAAGGAUUCUCUUGGGGUUUAUAGUGAUAGUGAGCUGGAGGAUUUGUUACGCGAUGCUUCUACAGAGCCAGACCCUGCACUGAACGUCAUAACACUAUAAGGAUGAGCUGUUUGGGCAGAAUGGUGUACCUUCUUUUUUCACCUCCGCAAAUCCUUUAACAAUCCCAUUUCUCUCGCCUUAAGGAAUGGGGGCCUGUAGGGUCCAGCGCACCCAGGUUUCCCUAUGAAAACUUUGAGUUCAUCCGGUUUCCACUUCCUUAUAAAAUGGCAAUAAGGGCACGCUGAAGCUUGUACUGGGUAUGGGAUUCUCAAAGUGGAAAAAAACUCCUACGAGGUUCCACAAAACGAGAUUUUCAGGGCAAAGACGAGACCCGACUAGAUGCAAGAGGAAGAAUCCAUGUAGCUGCCCAUGUUAUUUGGACUGUUACUUGCUGUAGAAUUUCUCUGUGGGUUCAGUUAUUUCAAACCAUAACCUGAAGCUCAAUUACCGUUCAUGAUGCUUCCUUGUGGUCUAUUGAAAGUCGCAUUGUUGGCAGUAAAGAGGUAAGGGGUUUCUGGAAAUUGGGGGAUCCUUGAUAGAAAUACCACUUGUAGGUCAAGCAUCCUGUCUAUGCCAGAGAACGGUAGUUUUAGACUGUAGAUUUCACUGCGCACACUGCACUUGCAAACCAUUAGUAUCCCGUUCCUGGGAAAAAUGUUUUGUCUGUCCCAAACAUCACUACAUUGUCCUAGACUGGCAAACACAGUCAAGCCCGAUAACAAAAUGAUUUUAAAACCCCACGCUAAAGUGGGAAAAGGCCAAAGAUGAGCUGACAGCAUAUUCCUGCCAUAGGAAGAGCAGUUUAACACAUUCUCUACCUGUUUCCAACAUCCCUUCACCUAUAGCUUAUCAGUUGUUUUAAAGGACAAGGAAAGUUAAACUAAAGUAACUAGGAAUGUUGUACAUUAUGUUUUGUGCUUCUGUACCAACCCAAGGCAACUACAGUCCUUUAGCAGUAAAGAUCUGUGUCUCCAAAGAUGC